UAGCGGGGCACAGAAGAAGAUGGCGAGUGUUAAGAACGGCGAAUUAAACGGAGAAAUCCAUGCUGCUCCUAUCGUGAAACGACCUAAAACAGAUUUUAAAGCGGUAACAGUAAUAUUAGGCGCACAAUGGGGUGACGAAGGUAAAGGAAAAGUUGUUGAUUUACUUGCUUCAAAUGCAGAUAUUGUGUGUCGCUGUCAGGGAGGAAACAAUGCUGGCCACACCGUUGUUGUUGGAGAGAAAGAGUAUGACUUCCAUCUCUUGCCUAGUGGGAUUAUGAAUCCCGACUGCACAUCUGUAGUGGGGAAUGGAGUUGUAAUAAAUUUACCACAGUUUUUUGAAGAGAUAACUAAGAAUGAAGCUAAAGGUCUGCCUGACUGUACGGGUAGAUUAUACAUUUCUGACAGAGCACACCUUGUGUUUGAUUUCCAUCAACUUGUCGAUGGGAUGCAAGAAGUUGAAAAAGGAAAACAAAGUUUGGGAACAACUAAGAAGGGAAUUGGACCAACAUAUGCCUCUAAGGCAAGUAGAAAUGGAAUUCGUUUAGCUGAUCUUUUGGGGGACUUCAAUUUAUUUAUGGAAAAAUUUCACAAUCUUGUGUCAGCCUUCCAGCGUUUGUACCCUGAACUAAAUGUUGAUGUGGAAGCAGAACUGGCGAGGUAUAAGGUCUAUGCCGAGAAAAUCCGUCCUUUUGUGACUGACACUGUGUCUUAUCUUCAUCAUGCAAUAAUGGCAGGUAAAACUGUGAUGGUUGAAGGAGCUAACGCUGCUCUCCUAGACAUUGAUUUUGGUACAUAUCCAUAUGUUACAUCAUCCAACUGCACUGUAGGAGGUGUUUGUACAGGACUAGGGAUCCCACCGCGGUAUAUUGGGGAAGUUUAUGGAGUGGUGAAAGCAUACUGUACCCGUGUAGGAGAUGGACCAUUUCCAACUGAAUUGAAGGAUGGUUUGGGGGAAGUGUUUCAACAAAGAGGACAAGAGAUAGGAGUUACUACAAAAAGAAAACGACGCUGUGGAUGGUUAGAUAUGGUAGUGUUGAGAUAUUCCAGUAUGGUAAAUGGCUAUUCAGCGAUUGCUCUUACAAAGCUGGAUAUUCUUGAUGUACUUGAUACAAUCAAGAUUGGAGUAUCAUAUAAGUUAAAUGGAAAGACCAUCUCAAUCCCACCUGCAAAUCUUUCUGAGAUGUCCUGUGUAGAAGUAGAGUACAUAAGUUUACCUGGGUGGAAACAGAGUACAGAAGAUGUACGGAAGUUUAUGGACUUGCCACGUGAAGCCCAGAAUUAUGUAGAAAGCAUUGAACAGCUCUUGGGUUUGCCAGUGAAGUGGAUAGGUGUUGGCAAGGAAAGAGCUUCCAUGAUUCAAGUCUACUAGGCCUUUGUGACCAACAUUUUCUCUCCUUACUUUGAUGUUUUACAAAAUUCUGAAAUACAAAAUGAUACACUCACCUCCAUGAAAGGCUUUGAAGUGCUCUGUUAUGCUUUACCUGCUGGAAAAUUUGGGUACAUUUAUUAAUCAAAUUAUUUUACUUGAAAUGUAUAAAUUAAAAAGAGUAGCUGUAUUUUUGUGACAUCUUUCUUAUAUAAAGAUGCUUUCAAAUUUAAUAUUCUUAUUGAUAAAAUUUUUCUAUUGUAUAGAAUUUCUUUUCUGUUUGUCUACAGUGUGUAGUAGUAACUGUCUGUUACCUAUUAUUAUGAUUGCUUGCGACAAAAAAAACGUUAACUCAAAAAUUGAGAUUUUUAUCUUAAAUGAUGUAGAAUUAAUAUCUUUUUACACAAAAAGAUUGACUUGUGAUGCUCUGUAUUAGUUGAAAAUGUUAAAUUCUUAUUUCAGUAAUGUGUUUUAAUAAACAAACUUAACAUCAAAUUAAUCCUUUUUAGAACAGCAACAUUCUAUGGAUCAAAAUUAACAUUUUAUUGUAACUGAAGUGAUUUUAGUAGCAAUGUCUUUUGUUGGUAUAAUAUAUAUGAGACAUUGUAAGAUUUUAAUGUUUCCACAGUUGAAGUAGAUUUUUAAUUCUCCUAAAGUAAAACAACAACAAAAUAGAUGGCCUAUCUUGUUUUUGCAGUCAACUUUUAAUAAAACUAAGAUUCUACUAGACCUGUGAGAUUGAAUGUGAGUUCUAUUCCUAACACCUAGCUGGUAAAUUCAUUGUCAUUUAGAAAAUAAAAAAGGUUAAGGUAGAACAGAUUACGAAGUGGUAUUUUUUAUAUAUAUAUAUAUAUAUAUAUGUGUGUGUGUCUAAGUAAAUUUAAUUUCAGUAGCAGUUAUGAUUUUGGCAGUUUUGACCUUUCUAACCUGUCCUUGUAAUUUUGAAAAUUUUCUCAGAAAUAUUACCUAUAGAUUAAAUCAUGGAGCACAUUUGUAGAAAAUUUGAUAUCACUAUAAUAAAUAAAUAAAUAAAAAAUAGAAGCCAUAAAUAUAAACUUGCAAUUCAAAGUCAAGCAGGGCAACCUGAUGCCAAUUUUAAUCAUAAAUAUGAUUUACAUUGAGUACUACAUUCUUCUAUACUAUGUUUUGUUUGUUAUAAAUUUGGAUUUUUAUUAAAUUAAUCGACCAGUAUUUUAACUAAUGUAUGACAUAUCCAAGCUAAAAUAUAUAUAGAAAUGAAACAAUUAAAACUACAUCACUUGAAUGAGAUAUGUAAUGAUUUCUUGAGAUGGUUUAUGAUGAUGGUAAUUCAAACAUCACUUAAGCAAUUGAUAAGUUCCAUGCACCCUGGGUGAAGUCUGGCAUAUUUAUUUAUGAUUGUAUCAAGAUCAACUAGGUGAUUGUAAUACACAUUUAACAAUGCAAGCCCACAAAGGCAUUCCUGUCCCAUUAUUGGGCCUUAGAUAUGUCUUGAGAUUUCGGAGCUUGCUGAAACUCCUCUUACACUCGCAUGACGUGACAGGUAAGGUGGCAACUAUUUGUAGAGCAGUAUAAAUAUUUGGGUACAUGUUCUGGUUAGUGUGCUUCAGUGUACUAGCAGGAGAGGAUGGAAUGUUGCCAUGCCACUGACCAUUUCUGUUUCCAACAGUUUAAUUCAGUCUCAAGCAUCUCUGGGGAUGGAAGGUCCUUGUGUGGCCUUAUGUUGACUUGGAGGAAAACAAUUACGUAACUCUGCGAGAUGGAUGAGGAACAGCACUGAGACAUUUUGUGGAUAAUAUACAUCUGGUGUAUCACAUGGAGUAUUUACAACAAUUCUUUUGCUUACCAACCAGGAAAAAUAAACUGGGUGCAGAAGCACCAACAUCGUUGGCCUUCUUUUCAGCUUUGGCAAAUCAGUUACUGCUCGUGACAUCAAUGAUUUUCCUACGGUCAGUCACUGCAUCAAUCACAUGAGUGUUUUCUUACGUAGCAGUGCAAAUGUUGAUUGUCCAUCCCUGCAGGCUGUUACUCAGUGGGUGCACAUAAGCCUAAACAUUGUGACAUAUAACAAACUCAUAAUAAAUUCAAAUUGUGUUAUUGCAAGUUGAAUUUAUCUUGCCAUUGCACUUGAUUCAGCAUUCCACAGUUCACAAUCGGUUUGUAUCUCAAGUAGUGACCCAGUGAUUGCAGGAUAAAGUUGAUGAAAUGCAUUGUUGUGAUCAACCCAUCACAUUUUACAUAAACUCAAGUUUUUGGUAAGAAGCAUCGGGACAUUCCUCUCUGAUCUUAUCAUGUAGUAAUUCCUGAUGUUUUGGUGACUGAUGAAGAAUGAUGGCACUUCUCUGAUAGUUCCCAUGACAUUCCAUAUAGCUUGUAGAUUGUAAGCCUUCACAAUUGCAAGAUUCAACAAAUGGGCAUUAUAAUAUGUUACAGCUGGGAACUCUUCUCUUAUGGUGGUGGCCAUGCCACAGAUACUGCCUGACAUACUUCAUGCACCAUAGUACCUCUUUCUAUGUAGCAGAGAGAGGUCAUGGAUGUAUAAUCUCAAUUUCCUCAAUUUGUUUUGCCAGAGCUGCUUCAGUCAGCCCAGUGACCACAUCUUUACACAUAACAAAAUCUACGAACUGCUCAUGAAUGGUUCCAUUCAGCACGUAAUGGAGGUACAGCGACAUUGGCUCAUUAUUUGAAAUGUCUGUAAUUUCAUCUACCAUGAUAGAAAAAAAUCCUGCUUAUUUCACCUCAUUCACAAUGGCAGAUCUGAUGUGAUCUCCUGUUACACAUAUUAGCUCAUUUUGUACUGUUUUUGAAAUGUAAGUGGCAUUUUUUGUUGCAUUUCUUAGAUAAGUUGUAAGUGUGGAAUCCCUACUAUCUAUUCAGAAAUCAAGUAGUGCAUGGAAGCUGCCUGGAUUACCUGGCUCUGUGCAAGUGGAAUCAUCAUACUUGACCUCUUAAAGGUAUGUUUUGACAACUACAGAGAAUAGAGGUCUUCAGAAUGAAGCCCAACUUUUGUCUGUUUUCUUGAAAUCAUUUUCUAACAGCUGUAUCAACCUGGUGUGCAACAGUGGAGCACUUUUGUUUCAUUGUGCUCAAAAAUGUAGCUAUGUCUAACAUUGUGUUACCAUGAUACUCGCACUCAACGUGAGAAGACAGGUCUUGAGUGGUGUCCUUGAACUUGCUCAGAGGUUUAGAGACCAAAACUUCUAUCUAGCAAUGACCUGGCCUAGCAAAUAGCACACAUGGAAAACAUAGUUCACCAUCAAGAUUCUUUGAAUAAAUUAGCCAGUUAUGCUGCUUCAACAAAUAAUUUGGAAACAGUGACACUUGUGUUUACCUCCUUUGUGAUACAAAUAUAUAAAGUUUCUCUGGUUGUAAAAUUCCCUUGAUAAUAGUAUAUCAAAUCGAUGCUGAAAGAUCCUUGCAUUUCCCCGGUAUAAGUCCAAUAUCAUAAGGGGCAGUCAUGCCAGAUAAAAAUAUCAUAUUUUUGUAUCCUUGUGGUUGAUGUUUCACCUGCAUUAUCAUCAUUGUCAAACACCUUUGUGCUGUCAUAGUUCUUGGAGUUUCAUCAUCUUUACCCUGACAUUGUUUAUUCAGUGGUUCGUUAUUAGAAUCGGUAGUUUUAGGCUUGUAAAAGCCAAGAAGUGGCAUCUGUUUCUGUUAACCUGACAUCAGUUUAAAAUGUUCAAAAUGUAAUUAGAUCUACAACCACUGCAAACAGUACAGAUGCAGUCAGUUGCAAUUUACAGCCUGGUUUAGGUAGGGUGUUAUGCAAUUGCAUGAGACAUCAUUAAACAUGUCCAUGUGUGGAAGAAUUGACAUCAUAAUUAUUAUCUGGAAGUCAUUGUAUAGCCAUGUUUCAGAGGGGCCGUUCAGAAAUUACUUAAUUACAAGAGGGAAGAAGGCCUUUUGGGAUAUUUUUUUCUGGUACUCUAUGGGAUCUGUGCCUGGUUCUGAUACUCAUCUUUAUUGAUGGGUAUGUACUUGAUGUAUAUACUUUGUAGAUAUGUUGCUAUUAAAGUUAGGUCAGCUGGUGUUUAAGGUAUUCUAGAUACAUGGAUAUUAUAUCUGUUAAAUAUUGAAUUUUAGAUACUAAACAAAAUAGGCAAACUUUAUCCUAUGAAGAGAUGAUAAUAUCUGUGAAUAUAGGGAGAAGAAAACUACGAUACUGUAGAUGUUGCAUUACAAGUUUCUUAGUUCAGCUUAACAAACCUUGUUUACAAAUUUAUUUCUUUUUCAGUAGUAAUGAUAUUUUCACUGGUGUAGUUGAUAAGGGGAAACUAAAUGGUUUAUCUUUACAUGUUUUUGGUAUUAAUGGUAAAACUAAUGACAAAUAUUUGAUGUUGUCACAACACAUACAAUGCCAUUAAUGAUGUCAUAGUAUUGCCACUGCUUUUUUUUUUGGUGUUAUAGUAUUACCACUGUCUUUUUGUGGCAUGUAGAGUAUCGCCACUGUCUUUUUGUGGUAUGUAGAAUAUUGCCACUGACCUUUUGUGGUGUCACAAUAACACCAGUGCUAUUGAUGGUGGUGUUACAGUGCCAACAUUAGUUAUUGGUGUCUUCCUUGUGGUGCCAGAAUAGUAACUAUAUCAUUGAUGGUAUUGGUACUUAUACACUGAAGUGAGUAACAAAUAACAUUAAAAAGGUGUAAAUGCCCUGGUAGAGAAACAUUAACUUCUUUCAUUUGUAGAUAUUGUGAAAGCAAAGUUGCACUUGUGUUUCAUUUUGGUCACUAAUGAUAUUAUUAUCUGAUGGUUUGUUUUAAUUGAACACGUGAUAUCAUAUGAAGAAUCUAAUAUCUAAACCAGAUAGUCAUAAAUACAAUUAAACUACAAGAAUUCCAAUCUGUGUAUGUUGAUUUUAACCUGUGAGGUGACACUUCAGUGGUUGGAAAUUCUUUACAAUAAAAUAUAAAAGUGUUGUAAGUCAAUUAUGAAAGAUGAAUUUGCAGUUUUUCCAGUGGAGUUCGUUUUGUGGCUUAACAGGUACAAAAUGUGUGUAUUUAUAUGUUUAGAUAAUCAAGGAAAAUUGUGUUUAACCCAAAAUACAUGAUGCAUUAAACUGAAAUACCCUUGAUUUACCCAUUAAGUAAGUUUGGUUUGGAAAGAAAUGUCUUAGUAAUGUGUAAAUGUUACACUUGUCAAUUAUACAUGUAUUUUUUCUGUAAGUAUAUUAUGGAAACAAAAUUUAGAGAAAUGGGUGCAUACGUACUUUAGACAUUAGGAAAGAACUGUGUAUUUAUAUGGUUUUGAGACGUGAAAAUAAAAGAAAAAUUA